AUGUCACAACCACGAACCGCAACACCCCCCUCCAACCCACCCCGAACAACAGCAGAGCCCGGCACGACCACCGCCACCUCCUCAGAAGAAGACCCCGUCAUCGCCUCCUACGACAUCUACCUCACAAACUCCGACAUCAGCCGGUACGUCCUGCAAUACCUCGACCGUCCAGCAGGGCACGCAUACGACGAAACAAACGGGCAGAAACCCACGUCUUUGCGUCUGAAGCGCGAUACGGGCCUGGUCGAGGUCGACGUGCCGAUUAACACGCGGCUGAACUAUGAUAUUGGGAAGGGUGUCAAGUACGGGGAUGCGUUGAAGAAGAGUAAAAGUGCGCGCGAGGGCGGGGCGUAUGGUAUGGCUGGUGGAUUUAGCGUUAGUGGGCAGCAGGGAGGCGGACAGGGACAGGGGAAGGUUAAGGCAGAGGAUAUGAAGGCGGAGGAAGGGGUGAUGGGGAUGGCGCCUGGGGAUCAGACGCCGUUGUUGAAGGUGCAGACUCUGGGUGGACGGAUUAAGACGCCUGAGGAUGGGGAUCCGGUUUAUAUGCUUGCUGCGUUUCGGGGGAGUAAGCUACAUCUUUCUCCGGUUACGGCGGUUGUACAGUUGCAUCCACAGCUUCAUCAUCUCGAUGCGAUGGAUGAGAUGCCGAAGGGACGGUCUGGGAAAGGUCGAAAAGAGGGCGAGGAAGAGCGGCCCGAGGCGGACGCUAGAGCCGUUGAUGUCAAGGUUAAGGGCGCGGAGGAUAGGGAUGUCACGGUGCCGGGAAAUCUUGACCUCUUGAAGAGGAUGCAGGAUGAGCGGUGGAAGGGCUACGACUGGGUUGAUGCCGAGAACGAGGAAUCGUGGCAAAUAUACGACAAUUACAUGAUGCACCAGGAUGUGGAAGAGCUGCCGCAGCUUGAAUCUGCGAUCAACGGCGAGGACUAUCUCGAGAAGAUGAGCGCGCCGCGGAUCGACCCGGCGCGGCCGGAGUUGACUGGGUGGGCAAUGAAGCAGAACCGGAUGAAGCAGAGGGCUACAGAAUCAUCGGGAAGCAGCACUGAGGAGGGCUAG